UUGUGGCUAGUCUUACAACAUGUCUCAAUACGUAUCACCGUUCCUCGUGCUCAACCUUGGUUCUGAGAUGAUUUUCGUGAUUGCUCAAAGACUUCAAGCUCAGAAUAUUGCACCUGAAAGGGCCGCACUAGUCCUGGAAGACAUCAUAUCCUCUCUGGUAUCAAAAUCGCUUAUAACAGAAUUAAUGAAACCACAAGCAGCUUAUAAUCAUGAAAGUGUCAGAGAAAUAAUAGAGGAUAUAACGCAGUCAUCUGUAAUGAGAUUGGACCCAGUGUCUAUGAACAAACUUUGGGACUUAAUAACCAUGGUUUUUAAAUGGCAAGUGACUAUGUCCGAAGACCUCGUUACUUUAACCCAAAGACAUCUAUAUGAAAUCGAAAACUACGUCACAAACACCGAAUUACAUUUGCAACUUCAAAAAGUACAAACAAUGGUGGACAACUUCAACAAAAUCUUAGACAAAAAGGAACGUUUGGAUUUACUGGACAGCACGAAUUUUUGGUUGAAAGACUACAAUGUCCGAGUCUCGCUGUUGUUGCGUAUGGGUUUACAAAGCAUGGAUGGUAACUUUGUGAUAAAUAACUUGGACCCUAUCGCCGAAGAAAUGUUGAAAAAUUUGGGCGAGAAUAUAUACGUUGUUACUCAAAACGGUCGAAUUUUGGAAAAGAAGAACAGCUCAAGCAGAAAAGAGUUUCAAGUAAACGAGUUACAACUUUUCGUGGAUGAAAUGAUGGGUGACAGAAAGUCAAGCACAGGUAGCGGAGAUGGUGCAUUUUUAAAAUUAUCGAUUAACGAAGACACUAAUGUGAAAAAUAAUAAUGAAACCAAACUGAAUUUUGACAGUAUUCAUGUAAACCUCAACGAUAAUAAUCUGCAUAAUCUGAUGAACGAUUUAAAUAUAUGCGACAAUAAUGAAGAGAACAGCUUUCAAGAUGAUUUACUUGAAAUGAUUGGCAAGGACGUUGAGUGCUAAUUGCCUUAAUUAUAAUCUGCACUUACGUUACCAUAUCUAAAAGUAAUUUUACAGUACGUCUAAAGGAAAUAACCAUAUACACUAACAAGAUUAUUUGUUAAUUGUGCUCAAGCAAGUCUCUAUAAGUGAUGUGGGUAUAACCUCUGAACGCACUGUUAUUACUUUAAAUAGCGUUUACCAAAGAAGUUGUCUUGGACAACCGUUCACGUAAAACGCUUAUUAUGUAUUAUUUAAAGAAGUCCAAUUGGCAAUAUGUAUUUUAAGCCUAGUAUUUAUAUAGCUAUAUAUUAUUUAUUAUACAAUAAACUUGAAAACAAAGUGC